GGUUUGUAUUUUCCCCUUUGUUCCCUCCUUAAGCCCUAGUGAAGUCCUAAACCCUAAAAACCGUCCCUUUCUCGUUCACGAAUGUAUCACAGGACAGCCAUCUCUACUCUGAAGUGAAGUCUGAUAUUUCCUGUCUUCCACGACCACAAGCAUGUACUCAACCGGUCUCAUACGAGAACGUUCCAGAGUCUCGAAGCUUCUCUUCUCGCUCUCCUUUACCCGGUCUAUGGGAGGUGGCCCUCGGACUUUCCCUGGCGGAAUCAACAAAUGGCAAUGGAAGCGCCUCCACGAGAAGAAGGCCAAAGAGAAAGAACGAAGGCUUCUAGAGCAAGAGAAGCAGCUCUACCAAGCCCGCAUACGCUCCCAAAUCCGGGCCAAGCUCGCCGGACAAUCCGAAAACCAAAAUUCACCGGAUUCUAACGAUAGUAUGUCGGAUUACGGUCCGAUGAGCGCCAAAGACCACAUCAAAGCCCUCGCUGAUCGGUUUAUGAAGCCCGGAGCUGAAGACUUGUGGAAUGAAGAUGAUGGCCCUCUUAAAGCUCCACCUCCUCAGCCGCCGUCGAGGAAUGGACCAAAAGGUACUAACAGAACAGCCGAAUCACCGAUUGAUUUGAGGAAAAUGAUAUUAGACCGUCGAAAUAAUUUAACUAAUAAUAGUAGCGGGGCUGUAAAUUCGGUGCUAAAUUCAAGUAAUCCGGUGAAACCAAGGAAUUAUUCGGUUCAAGCUCGGAGAAGGUUUCGGAGAAAUGAUAGUUUAUCCAGUGAAGAUGACUCGGAUUUUGAUUCAGAUGAUGACUUCGUGAAGCCAUUUGUAGGGAAGGGUGAAAGUGGCAGAAAUGCAAAGUGGGCAAGGUUUUGUUCAAGUGGGGAAGACUCUCCGGAUGAGGAAGUGGGAUUCAGAGGUAAGAGUAAUGUGAGGGAGAUGAUGAGUAGUGCUUCUUUAGGGAAAUAUGAUGUGAAGAGGACGAAGCGAGUGCCUCUGAAGCUUGUUGAGGACGAGUGCAGCUUUUCAGAGGAGGUUGAGUUGAUUAGACACAAGCUGAAUCAGAGGAAUUUGCAGGAAAAUGUGGUGGAAGAGACUGAGGAGGAUUCACUGCUCAGCCAGAAAAGAUUUGAUGAGAGUGGUAUAUCUCCCCUGACCGUCAAGGCACUAACUUUAGCAGGCUAUGUGCAAAUGACGAGGGUACAAGAAGCUACUCUUUCUGUUUGCUUGGAGGGCAAGGAUGCUUUGGUCAAAGCUAAAACUGGCACAGGAAAAAGUGCAGCUUUUUUGCUUCCUGCAAUUGAAGCAGUGUUGAAGGCUUUAAGCAGCAAGACAAUUCAACGGGUGCUGCCUAUAUAUGUUCUUAUUCUAUGCCCCACCAGAGAACUUGCAAGUCAGAUAACUGCAGAAGCAAAUGUUAUGCUGAAGCACCAUGAUGGCAUAGGUGUCCAAACACUAGUUGGGGGUACGCGUUUCAAGGUUGAUCAGAAACGCCUAGAAGCAUAUCCAUGCCAGAUGAUAGUUGCAACUCCUGGAAGGUUGUUGGAUCAUAUUGAGAAUAAAUCUGGCAUAUCGGUGCGUUUGAUGGGGUUGAAAAUGCUUAUACUUGAUGAAGCUGACCACUUACUAGACCUGGGAUUCCGGAAGGACAUAGAGAAAAUUGUUGAUUGUUUGCCCCGUCAGAGGCAGUCCUUGCUAGUUUCUGCUACAAUUCCAAAAGAGGUUCGCCGUGUAUCUCGCCUUGUUUUGAAAAGGGAGCAUGCCUUUAUUGACACAGUGGGUUUAGGUUGUUUGGAAACACAUGCUAAGGUUAAGCAGUCUUACCUCGUUGCCCCACAUGAACUGCAUUUUCAGAUUGUGUACCAUCUUUUAAAGGAGCACAUCUCACAAUCACUAGAUUACAAGGUAAUUGUUUUCUCUACAACUGCAAUGGUAACAUCACUCAUGUUCCUACUCUUCCGGGAGAUGAAAAUGAAUGUUAGAGAGAUACAUUCUAGGAAGCCCCAACUUUAUCGAACUCGUAUCUCUGAUGAGUUCAAGGAAUCAAAACGAUUAAUUCUCAUUACAUCUGAUGUUUCAGCUCGUGGAAUGAAUUAUCCUGAUGUUACUUUGGUCAUCCAGGUGGGUAUUCCUUCUGACCGGGAACAAUACAUUCAUCGUCUUGGGAGGACGGGCCGAGAAGGUAAAGAAGGAAAAGGCAUCUUGUUACUUGCACCAUGGGAAGAAUACUUUAUGGAUGGAAUAAAAGACCUGCCUAUUGAGAAAUUUCCUUUACCGCAAAUAGAUCUGGACAUAAAACUGAAGAUGGAGUAUUCAAUGGCUAAGAUUGAUGGUAGUGUCAAGGAAGCUGCAUAUCAUGCUUGGCUAGGGUAUUAUAACUCGAUUAGGGAAAUAGGCCGAGAUAAAACCACCCUUGUGGAGCUGGCCAACAGUUUUUGUGAGUCGAUAGGUUUACAAAAACCCCCUGCUCUCUUCAGGAAGACAGCACUGAAAAUGGGUUUGAAAGAUAUCCCUGGCAUUCGAAUUCGGAAGUAGGCUACUAGUGGAUAUCGUUGAACUAAGUUGCUCUCACUAGUUAUUUUGCUGUCAUUAAUUGAUUUUUUUUGGUAAGGGAAACAGUGAAAGGGUGACUCCGGAAUCCAGUCAUACAUUCCUGCUGUCCAGCUUGAAGAGUAAUGUUCUCUUCCAAAAAAAAAAAAAAGGGCUCUGCUCCAAGCCAUUCAUUCAUCUGAAUAAAAUUGUUGGCCCAUAUCAGCGCUUUGGUUUUCUACUUACCAAAUACGAAAGGUUAUUCGGUAUGACCCCCUUUUUUAUUUUUCUUGUUUUUUCCAAGUUACUUGGGAUGAGUCGAACCCAUGACCCGGGAAGUCCCGAUAGAGCUUUAUGGUUAUGGUUGUAACUUGUGUUUUCCCAUGGUUGUGUUUGUAUUAGCUAAAUUAUCAUUGUUAGUCUUGAUGUGGGUUUUCUCACAGCAUCAAUCAAUUUCUCUCUGUUUUGAGAAGAUUUUUAAA